UCAAUGAUCCACAACACAAAAAAUUUAUAUAACCUCCUUGUUUUAUAAUAAAUAAUUUAAAUUAAAUGUAUUUAAGGGUUCCUUACGAUUAAAAACAAUGACGAACAAUGAGUAAAGACUGCCGUACCUUUUUUAUAUUUAUUAUUACAAGAUAAUAACAUGGAUGGUAUAUGGCAUCUUUCUACAAAAGAACAUAGUGGAGUACAUGAACUGUUACAUUUAGAUGAUAUAAAAGAAGAAACCACUAUAAAAAAGGAUGUAGAAGACGAAAUAUUUGAAAGACAAAUUAGGCUUACUGACGAAACUUGGCGUGACAGGAAAGAUAAUAGGAAAAAUGAACUAUUAAACUUAAGUGAUGUAAAAGCAGAAACCACUAUCGAACAGAAAGCAGAAGAUAUUUGCAUAGGUAAAAUCGAACUUACUAAUAGAACAUGGUGUUUUCCUGAUAAAGAAGAUCAUAAACAAAAUGAGCUUAUAAACUCAGCUAAUAUAAAAGAAGAAACCAUUGUAAAAACGGAGAUAGAAAGUAAUUUUGAAAGUGAAGUUAAGUUUAAUGUAAAUAAUACAGUUGCAGAUGCAAAUGAACAUCCAUUUGAAUGUCUCAUUUGUGAUAAACAAUUCGUCCAAAAAUUAGAUUUAACUAAUCACGUUCGUGCUCACAGGACAGUGUAUAAGUGUCCAAUGUGCUUGAAAGAGUUUUCCAAAAAAGUCUAUCUCGAUGAACAUAUGCCUCUUCAUAAGCCAUUUAAGUGCAAAACCUGUGGCAAAUGUUUCACCCAAAGAGCAAGUUUGAACAGGCACAUUUAUGUUCAUACCAAGGAGUAUGAGUGUCAUGUGUGCCAAAAAAUUUUUUCCAGAAAUGACCAUCUUGAUGAACAUAUGCUUGUUCACACAGGAGAAAGACCUUUCAAGUGUGAAACCUGUGGACAGAAAUUUAGUCGAAAGUAAGAAACCAGACACUGGUUUUGUCAAGUAUCAGAUACCCACCAGUGGUACAAUUACUGCAAAAUAUUGCCAUUUGGAUUUUAAUAAGUAAUCUGAUGCGUCAUCAAACAUUGCAUGAUGUCCAAGGUCCCUUGCAAUGUCCAAUUUGCAGCAAAUCUUUCGUCAAAAAAU